AUGGGGGUCGGGGGGGAAUGUAGUACUGGCAUCUAAUUGUUAGAGACCAGAGAGCUGGUAAACAUCUGAAAAUGCAUGGGAAUGUCCUCCAGGACAAAGAAUGAUCCGGUCUGAACAGUCAGCAGUGUGUGGUUGAGAAACCCUGGUGUCUGGUCCCUUGGUUAUCAGGAGUUUGGAUUUGGGGGAUGGGAGAUGGGACAUAUAAAGAGAGGCCUAUCUCCAACUAUAAGUCACAGUCCAAGGGCCUAGGCCUGGGAGGGAUCCUUGCCUUCACACAGCCCCAUGGUUUUCAAACUGGAUACUGAAGUUCAAACUGGAUACAGAAAUUCAAACUGGAACCGAAGCUCCCAGUUCUCAACCAGCUGCGUGUGUGCGUGCUAAGUCACUUCAGUCGUGUCCGACUCCACGACCCUAUGGACUGUAGCCCACCAGGCUCUUCUGUCCAUGGGAUUCUCCAGGCAAGAAUACUGGAGUGGGUUACCAUGCCCUCUUCCAGGGGAUCUUCCCUGCCCAGGGAUGGAACCUGCGCCUCUUAUGCCUCCUGCAUUGGCAGGUGGGUUCUUUACCACUAGUGCCACGUGGGAGACCGCAUGUAGAGUCAUCUGGUCAUCUUAAAAAAACUACCUGUUGCUGGGUCUUGUCUCCAGAGAUUCGGAGUUUAGUGGUCUUAUAUGGGGCCUCAGUUAAUCUAAUUUACAGCCAGCCAGGGUUAGAACCACUGUUUGGGGGAAUCUGUAAAGGUACUGGGGAUAGAGAGAAAGGAGUAAUUUAUCCCUUCUGGAGAAACAUAUUCCAUUUUAUUUUACACAUUCUAGUCCAAUGCUUUCAUUUUAUACCGAAAAAUGGAACCCAGAGAUCAUAUGGCAUGCCCAAGCUCAUACAACAAUUGAAACAUUCACUCAUUUGAUAAAUACUAAGUGAUUGCCAGCCAGGCACCGGACAACGCUGCCGCCCAUACUGGGGUGAGAAGCACCCUGCUCACGCCCCAGCCACAGCAGCUCUCCUUUGUCUCUGGGAGCUGUCUCAAGCCCCCAAGAAUGUGCCCUCUUUCCAGGCUCAGCAUUUUAGCUGUCCUCCUUCUCACACCCAACAUGCAGUGGGUCAACAGCUCUGCCCAUCUCUGAAGGACCUUGCUCCUCUCUGCCCCUCCUCCUGCUCUAUGGGUCCCAGCCCUCUCUGGAACCCUCUUUCUCCCUGUGGAGCCCAGUCUCCCAAAUGUGCAUCUGACUCUGCUAACUCCCCUAAAGCCCACUCUGCACCCUUAGCAGCCACACUGUUUUGUUUUUUUUUUUAAUAUUUACUUUAUUUUCCUGGCUGUGUUGGAUCUUAAUUGUGGGGUGGGGACUCUCUAGUUAUCAUGCAUGGGCUUAGUUUGCCUGCUGCUUGUGGGAUCUUAGUCCCCCGACCAGGGCUCGAACCUGUGCCCUCUGCAUUGGAAGGCAGAUUCUUAACCACUGGCCCACCAGCGAAGUCCCCACACUGGUCUUCUUAAAACUCCACAUCACUCGACCCUCCUGGCCAGCAUCAAAUGAUGCUUGAAAACUUAGGCUCUGGAGUUGGGCUGCCCGAUUUCAAAUCCUGGCUCUGGCACUUACCAAACCUUGGGAAAGUUAUUUUUCUGUUCCUGUUUCCUCAUGUUUUAAAUGCAGAUCAUGCAUUUCUUUGAUUCCUUGGCCUUUUUUCCUUAGAUCUACAUUUUAACAUCUCUGAAGAACCCAUUUUAAAUUGAAGACAUGUCAUAGCAUAAUGGUAUAUAUUACAAUUGAAAAUAUCUUAAAUUCAAUGCAGUGGCACUUUCCUUACAGAAUGACUGUGAGGUCCAAAUCAGUUCAUAUAACAUGCUUGGGACUUUGCCCAACAUGUAAUGGGCCCUCAUUAAGUAUUAGCCAUUAUAAUCUCUUACUUAAAAUCUUCCCUAGCUUGUCUUUGCCUAUAGAAUAUAGAGUUGGCCCUUGAUCCUGACAUUCAAGACUCUCUACCCGCAGCUCCCCUCAUCUUCUUUAGUCCUCAGACCAGAACUGUCCGGACACAGAGCUGGAAUCCUGCUUGAAUGCCCCACAGGCAUCUCAGACUCCACAUAUCCACCUUUCUAGACCUAUCUUCCUCCCACUCCCGGGAUUUCUCAGGUUUAAUGGCAUGGCUGACAGGGUCACAGUCAUCCUCCUCCCCUCAUGCCAUACGCCCACUUCUUACCAGUAAGUGGUCUAGCUCGGUAGGUAAUGCUUCUUGGAACCUGACCCCCUGGUGUCCCCUGGGGCUUCACCUCAGCUCUGCCCACCCCACAGCCACCCUGAGUCACUUCAAGUUGCCCAAAUACUGUUACCUCAUAUCUCCUUCCUUUGCCCAGGCUUGUUCCUCUACCUGGAAAGACUUUCUCCUUUGGCUCAGAUAUCCCCUCUUCUGAGAAAACUUCUCUGAGCCCCCAAGGCUAAGUGGAGUGAGUCUGCUCCAGGCUUCUCUUGUGUGGCACCUGUUUACCUCGGGUGGUGGUGUUUCUUUACACAUCUUCCUGCUGUACCACACACUACUCUCUAAAGCCACUGCUUAAGGUUCUGGGUCUGUUUCCUCAGAGCCUGGCACAUGGUAGAUGCCAGGAAGUGUCACUGACGACUGCAGCACCUUCUCUGAACCCUUGUGAUAUGUCUUCCCUGGGUAAGCCCUUCAUGAACACUUCGCACAGGAGGCUGGCAGAGUUAGUGUUUGUUUUGUGCACAUGAGGCCAACCUACCAGAGUGUGGCCUGUCAGGGCAGGGACGGUUUUUCAGAGCCCCUCACCAAUCAGGAGGCUUCUGUGGGUGUGGCAGUUUUAAACAAUGGCCCGUACCCUCUGACAUGCUGCCUACCUAGAGGUAGGUGCUAUGUAUCCUUGCCUUGAACCUGGGUUCCAUGGCUAGCUGGCUCACUGAAUGUGGCAGAAGCGACACUGAGCCACUUUCUGAGCCCAGGCCUUAAGAAUCUGUCACCUUCUGCCUUUUGGGUCAUUCACUCUGGAACUCAGUCGUCAUGCUAUGAGGAUGCCUGGCCUAUUUUAAGGGUUCCCAUGGAGGGGUUUGGCCAAAAGCCAGUAUCUGCUGCCAGAUGUGUAAGUAACGCAGCCCUCUGCUCUCAGAUCAUCAUCCCCAAACUGUCAGGUUUUCCACCCAAGGCCGCAGACAUAGUAGAGCAGAGAUAAACCAUUCCCACAGUGUCCUGUUGGAGUUCCAGACACAAAGUCCAGAGCAUAAUAAAAUAGUUAUUUAAUACCACUAGGUAUUGUUACUCAACAAUGGAUAACUGGAUGGUGGGGCAGAAAGAAGAGCCUAGAACCUGGCACUAAAAGCCCUGGGUUGGGACUUUCCUUGGGGCCCAGUGGUUAAGACUUGGUGCUUCUACUGCAGGGACCUUGGGUUCGAUGAUCCCUGGUCAGGGAACUAAGAUACUGCAUGCCAUGGUGAUGUGGCCAAAAGUAAUAACAACAACAACAAAAAAAGGCCCUGGCUUGAGGAUAUGGCUGGCACUGCCACUUCCUAUUAAUAGCUGUAUAUGUACAUGAAAAACAUCAGUUCACCAGCCUGAGCUUCAGUCUUCCUACCUGUAAGAUGGAGUUAAUGAUGGUUAACAGGUAUGGAGACUAUGUGUCAGACUAUGUGUUAUUUACGUAUAGCUGUGUAACAAAUUAUUCUAAAACUCAAUUGUCUGAAACAGUAAACCCUUAUUAUCUCAUGGUUUCUGUGAAUCAGAAAUUCAGAAGCAGCUAAAAUGGAUGUUUCUGGCUCAGAGUUUCUGGUAAGGAUGUCCAGAUGUAGGUCAGGGUUGCAGACAUCUAAGGGCUAGUGGAUCAGCCUUCAAGAUUCCAAGAUGGCUCACUCGAAUGUCUGUCUGGCUGGUUGGUGUCAGCCGAUGGUAGGAGCCCUCAACUUCUCGACAAGUGGAGCUUCUCCAUUGGGCUACUUGACUGUCAGGACAUGGUGGCUGGCCUCCUCCAGAGUGAGUGAUCCAAGAGAGGGAGGUGGAAGCCACACUGCCUUUCACUACCUAGCUCUGAGGUCACACACCAUCCUCACAAUAUCCCAUUGAUUACACUUUUUGUGACCCCAUGGACUAUAGCAUGCCAGGCUCCGUGUCCAUGGGAUUCUCCAGGCAAUAAUACUGGAGUGGGUUGCCAUUCCCUUCUCCAGGGAUCUUCCUGACCCAUGGAUCGAACUUGUGUCUCUUGCAUCUCCUGCAUUGGCAGGCAGGUUCUUUACUACUGCGACACCUGGGAGCCCCAUUGAUUGCACAGAUCAUUGUGGAAAGGCAUGACACUGUGAAACCAGCUGGGGAGGUUCACUGGGAGCUGAUUUGGAGACCGGCUACCACACACAUGGGCACAGUUAAUUCUUCAAUAACCCCGCAAGGUAGAUACUCCUAAUAAUCUCAUCUUGAAGAUGAGGAAACAGAGGUGUACAAACAUGAAGUAACUUGCCCAGAUUUAUAGGAUGUUAAGUGAUCAAGCUGGGAUCCAAACUCAGGUAGUCAGACUCCGAAAGUGAGCUCUCAGCUACUGGUUUCAAAAAUAAUAAUAAUUAAUUAGGCUGCAAUAGAUCUUAGUUGCAGGACAUGGAAUCUUUAGUUGCAGCAUGCAAACUCUUAGUUUCGAUAUGUGGGAUUUAGUUCCCUGACCAGGGAUGGAACCCGAGCCCCCUGCAUUGGGAGCUUAGAGUCUUAGCCAGUGGACCACCUGGGAUGUCCCAGAGCUACUGUUCUAUAAAGGCCCUCAGCUCCAUUAUGAGCCUGUCGGAAUAUGGAAGAUUUAAGACUGCUUCCACUUUGGAAAGAAAACCGUCAGACAGAUACAAGGUGGUGGGCUGGUGACUCUAUUAACUAGUGAGCAAAUGUAAACUGGAAAAGAAUGGGACCUCAGGGUCCUGGGAGAUGGAGAUGGGGUGAUGGAACAAGAGGAUGUUACUCAAGGGUCUGGGGAGAGCUAACUAUGUGGGGCCAGGGAAUGUCACGGGGGGAGGGGGCAGGGUUGGGUUCACCAGGAGAACACUUAUGGAUUAAGUUUAGAAACUCCCAUCCCCAUUACUCUCACCAAAGGAGCUCCUGAUGUCAAAAAUCUCCUUUGCUUUACUCUACCCAGAUGACUCUGUCUCGUCCAUUUGUUCAACAAAGGUUAUUGAGCACUUAUCAUAUGAGUCAGACACCAUACUGGGCAUGGGGGACAUAGCAAUGCCCAGAAAGAUGAAGUCAUUUUCUACCUGGAGCUUGGAAUCUAACAGGAGAGAUAGACAAGUUACUGGCAAAUUCUAUCAGAGCAAUGAGUACAAUGAGAAGAAAGCACAAGGAUCUUAGGGUGUAGGGGAAGAGUCCAGACCAGAUUAGGGGUAGGCUGCCUGCACUUAGCAAGGCCAGAUUUGGAGAAGGGUAGGAAGACUUUCAAGAAGAGGGAAUAGUCAUGCAAAGGCUCAGAGGAGAGAGAGAACCAGAAUGUUGGGGGGCUUUCCUCUGCUGAGAGGUUGAUGUGGUCAGGGAGAAGGGGAAAAGCUCAGUGAUCUCAGGGAUCAGGGCAGGAAGGGAGAAGGCAGAGGCACCAGGAUGGUUCCUGCAGAAGGAUGGGUCCUACCUGUCUGCCAAACCCAAGGUGGGGGAGGGGAGGUUGGCCACCGGCCGCCCUCUCUGCUUGUCCUCCUGGUUCUCUGCCCUGUGGGGAAAAACAUGGCUCUGGUGGUGUGAAUGUGUUCAUCUUUCUCGGAUGCAGAGCCUGCAGGGCCAGGCAGAAGUUGGGGAAAGACAGAUGGAGAGGGUGGAGGGGGUGGUGCUCUGGGCCUCCAAGUUUAAGUGUUAGCUGGAUGCCCCAUCUCAGCCUGGAGGUAGGCCUCCAGAGGCAGGGUGAGAAUCAUCAGGCUCUGCUCCUCCAUACCCCAUCAUCUUUAUUGGCAAAGGUGGGGGAGGAGAGACGUUUAACUCCAAAAAUAAGAAACAAAGGGGGUUAAAGAGGCCUCUGAUUUCCUGGGGUUUUUCCAAGUCAAAGACAAAGGUGGGUGGAGCCUCUGCCUCUGGUUUCCUGCUGGAGCACAGGCCAAGAGUUCAGUCAGGAGCGCCCCCUCCUCAGUCUCCUCUCCAUCCCACGCCAAGGAUGGCAGGGCAGCCUCUCUCCCCUGAGCCAAUGGUCAGUGUCUCUUCCUUGAGUUCCCUCCUUUUUCUCUCUCACCUUUUCCCAGCCUCUUUACACCUAAGGUUGGUUCUGUCACUCCCCUGUUAAAACUUUUCAGGGGGUACCAAAGCCCUAAGGAAAGGCCUGAGCUGACCACAUUCUGCAAGGCCCUGCAGACUGAACCCAACCAGGUCAGGGAUCAUGCCAGCUUGUUCACUUGGCUCCCCAGAACCUGGCACAGUGAAAGCCUGCUGGAAGGAUGAUCUGACACCUAGUUUGGCUUCUGCCAGCCUCUCCGGCUGCAUCGGCCUUCAUAUCCCAUCAUGUGCUCCACAUGCAUGUAUUAAUUCAUUCAAUACCCAGAGGACUUCCAGUGCGCCCAGAUCUGUGAGGACACUGGACAUCCAGAGGAAAAUCAGGUUUCACCUGCUCUUUCCUGAAGAUGCUCAUGGAACUGCUGUUUCUCCCAUCAAAAAAUUGGAAAAGGGACUUCCCUGGUGGUCCAGUGGUUACGAAUCUGCUUGCCGAUGGAGGGGACACAGGUUCGAUCUCUGUGCCAGGAAGAUCCCACAUGCCACAGGGUAACUAAGCCCACUGGCCACAACUACUGAGCCUGUGCUCUAUAAUUUGUGAAACUUAGAGCCCAUGCUCUGCAAUGAGAAGUCACUGCUAUGAGAAGCCCAACCACCACAACUAGAGAAUAGCCCCCUCUCUCAGCAACUAGAGAAAGCCCUCCCGCAGCAACAAAGACCCAGUACAGCUAAAAAGAAAUGAAAAUUUGGGAAAAAAGAAAAACCCCAACCAAACAAAAAAAUGUUGAGUGAAAGAAGCCAAAUGCAAACAGUAAAGUGUGUGAUUCUGUUGACCGAAAGGUCAAGAGCAGACAGAAACCAUCUCUGGGUUUUAGAAAUGGGAAUAGUAAUAGCUGGGGAAUUCCCUGGAGAUCUAGCAGUCAGGACUCCACACUUUUCACCGCCCAGGGCUCGGCAGUUAGACUGAGCAGACUUCUUCAUAGACAAUAUGCACUGUACCUAUUAUAGGCCUACAUUGUCCCAGGUACCUUAGGACACCUGACAGAUCCAGCCCCUCCCGUGUGGAGCCAGUCCAUAGUAAAUAAAAGAUGAGACAUGUGCAGGGAACAAUCACAUCUGUUAUCUGCCCUGGUGGGAGGGCAAGAGAGCUGGCAAGAAAACCACAGAACUGUGAACUACGAUUUUCCCAUCAAUGCUGGAAUUUUCCAUGUUUACCAAGGUGAGGGGGCUUUGCCCCUCACAGAACUCUGCAGACUACAUCUGCUAUGCUCACACAUCUAUCCCUGGGACAGAAGGACAUAGGCCAGAUGGCCUAAGACUGGUCCUGAGACCCGUGAGGGAAAGGGAGAGGGCAUACUCCUUCUCAGAGCCUUCUUGGAGCCAGACUGUGUCCCCGCCCCACAGGGCAAGCAGAAGUGUACAGAACCCUGGUGUCAGCAGAGGUAACAGGUGGGAGGGGCCAGAAGGAGGCCAGGAAGUGCCAGAGAUGGGAAGUUGUGCCCUGAGGUAUGGAGCGCUGCCCUGGAUCACCAAGACCAGACAUGCUCCCCGAGGCGGGUUCCCUGUGGCUGCUGCGGCUGCUCCGAGACCUCCAGCUGGCCCAGUUUUACCGGCCCAUCCUGGAGGAGCUUAACGUGACUCGGCCGGAGCACUUCGACUUUGUAAGAGCUGAAGAUCUGGAUGGCAUUGGCAUGGGCCGGCCUGCCCAACGUAGACUGGCUGAAGCUCUGAAGAGGCACCGUUCGGGGCUCAAGUCUAAGAAUUGGGUCUACAAGAUCCUUGGGGGCUUUGCCUCUGGGCAAAAGGAGACCACCCCACCCUCAGAUAGCCUUCCAUCCCUCCCUGAGCCAGAUGGGAGACUCAAGUGUCUGAUCCCAAACCGGGCUGUGUGCCGAGGGGAGCUUUUGGGCUCCGGCUGCUUUGGCAUGGUGCACCGAGGGCUGUGGACACUACCCAGCGGCCAGACUGUCCCAGUGGCUGUCAAGUCCCUCCGGGUGGGUCCUGAAGGUCCCGAGGGCACUGAGCUAGAGGACUUCCUGAGAGAAGUGUCUGUCAUGAUGAACUUGGAGCAUCCACACGUGCUGCGUCUGCACGGCCUUGUACUGGGCCAGCCUCUGCAGAUGGUGAUGGAGCUGGCGCCCCUGGGCUCCCUGCACGCGCGUCUGACGGCCCCGGCCCCCACGCCCCCGCUGGCCCUGGCCUUGCUCUGCCUCUUCCUGCGGCAGGUGGCGGGGGCCAUGGCGUACCUGGGGGCCCGUGGGCUGGUCCACCGAGACCUGGCCACGCGCAACCUGCUGCUGGCUUCACCGCGCACCAUCAAGGUGGCUGACUUCGGGCUGGUGCGACCGCUGGGCGGCGCCCGGGGCCGCUACAUCAUGGGCGGGCCCCGACGCAUCCCUUUUGCCUGGUGUGCGCCCGAGAGCCUACGCCACGGGGCCUUCUCGUCUGCCUCGGACGUGUGGAUGUAUGGGGUGACGCUGUGGGAGAUGUUCGCUGGGGGCGAGGAGCCCUGGGCCGGGGUCCCGCCAUACCUCAUCCUGCAACGGCUGGAGAAGGACCGAGCCCGCCUGCCCAAGCCUCCUCUCUGCUCCAGGGCCCUCUACACCCUGGCCUUGCGCUGCUGGGCCUCCCACCCUGCUGACCGGCCCACCUUUUCCGACCUAGAGGGGCUGCUCCAAGAGGCCUGGCCUCCUGAGGGACGUUGUGUGAGGGAGGUCAUGGAGGCCGGUGCCCUGAGGAUGGAGCCUGGUGACCCCAUCACUAUCAUUGAGGGCAGCCCUUUCACCUCUUCCCACAGCCCUGACUCCACAACCUGGAAGGGCCAGAACGGUCGCACAUUCAAAGUGGGCAGCUUCCCAGCCUCAGCGGUGACACUGGUAGACCCACCGGCCACCCGCCCCGUCCUCAGAGGCACCCCUGCCCGGGGAGAGCGACGCCAGAGAAACGCAGAUGGGGACAGAGGGAAGGCAAAGCUUCAGGAUGCCCCUCAGGCUCGGGGCCAGAGAAGGAAUGUGGCUCUGCAGAGGACUAAAGGCAUUUCCAAGAGUCUGGAGUCGGUUCUUUCCCUGGGUCCCCGCCCCACAGGAGGCGGGUCGAGCCCCCCUGAACUUCGACAUGCCAGAACUGGGCCCCAGGGACCCCCAAGCCGGCCACCCCGCCUUCCCAUGGCCACCAGCUCUUCCCAGCCUCCCAGGGAGCGGCCUCCCUGGUCCAAAAGAGAAUCCCCCCACAGUCACCCCGUAGGAGCACCUGGAGCCAGCAAAGCCGCCAUCCCCUCCGGAGGACCCGUGUCUGACCCCGAGCUGCAGAGGAGGGUUAUGGAGGUGGAGCUGAGUGUGCACGGAGUCACCCACCAGGAGUGCCAGGCUGCUCUAAGAGCCACCGGGGGAGAUGUGGUUUCUGCCAUACGGAACCUCAAGGUAGAGCAACUUUUCUACCUCAGCAGCUGGUCCAGAGCGGACUGCCGGCGCAUCCUGGAGCGUUACCAGUGGGACCUCUCGGCCGCCAGCCGCUAUGUCCUGGCCCGGCCCUGAGCUUUGUUCCUUUGGGCACAGACACCAGACAGACCAAGGGCCUGGCCACAUGAGACCAGGCAGAAGCAGAACAAGGUCCCAACAGGCCUGUGAUAGGUAUAGGAGGAGCCCAGCAUCGGGCACUGGUGUCUCCUCACCUGCCCCUUGGCCUCUGAGGGCACAAGCUCCCUUGGCCAUAGGAGGAUCUAGUCCACUCUGCCCAACAAGAGGGCAUACUUGGAAGAGCGGAGCUGUGACACAUCAUACCCACAGGAAGCUUCUGUCACUACAGAAAAUGAGCACAAGGCCAUUCUGGGUCACGGGAGAAGCCAUCCUGAACUGCUAUCAGCUACCACACUGGGCUCUGUGGGGGCAGCCAUCUUGGAUGACUUGGGGAAUACAGCCUCAGCUGCCUUGGCGUGGUCUGGGGCCAUCAUGGGUGAUGAAAGGGGCUCUCUUAGACUCAAGGACACAUGAUCUUAGCAGUGUGGAUUAUGAGAUGGGCCAGACCCUGCCCAUCCCAGCUGUCAUAUUUCCCUUUGUCUCUUCCCACACCCAACUCUUUCUCCUGCCCUCUCCUAUCACAUACAUCUUCCAGUGUGCAAAAAGUUACAAAGUUUAUACGAAUGUAACAUA